UAGACCUUCUCUCUUUGAAACACAGCACAAGCCUCUCCCUUUCUCUCUUUCCAGUACUAUGUCGGAGAAACGAAUAAGAAUGGUCGAGAAAAAUAACAACAAGAGGCAGCGAGUGAAACUUGUUCCCGAGUUCUCCAUCAACGACCAUCAAGACGUGCUCGUAGAAAUACUCCGACGACUAGACGGACCUUCUCUCUGCUCAGCCGCUUGCGUGUGCCGUCUUUGGUCGGCCGUGGCUCGUAAUGACUCAAUAUGGGAAGAGCUCUGUUUCCGACAGGUGUCACCACGACCUUCACUUCCCCUUCGCUCCGUUGUGUCAGCUCUAGGUGGCUACAAACGUCUGUACUUGCUCUGCAUCCGCCCGGUCCUCGCACGACUCCCCAAGAUCAUCUGGAGCCAUGACCAACUUCAGCUGUCAUUAUCCCUUUUUUGUGUCCACUACUACGAGGGCCUUUACGUCGGCGCGUGGCAUGAAGACGCGCCACCCAGCGCGCCACCUUCUUCGCUCAUGUUCCUUAGGAAACCCGUCAACGUCGUCUGAUACGUUCCUGAACGGCCAUUAAUAAUUUAUUUUAGUUUCCAAGAUUGUAUUCUUUAUCAUAUUAUUAUUUAUUCCCAUUUGUUACAGUUCACAAAAUUUCAUGAUUUCAUUACAAGAUUAUUAUUAGUAAACGUUGGA